AUGUUAUGCUCGUUGUGCAAGGACUUACCGCCCCUCAGGGAACUGAGUGAUUUUGAAUAUCCAACAAUUCCAGCUUUACGGCGAUCGGCCUCUGCCGGAUGUGAAUUCUGUUCUCUCGUGUCGGCUGCUAUAUCCGAUAUACUCCCGCCAGAGUCGCGAGCAUUAGGCCUGUCCACCGAUGUGCGCACACCCGUAAAAAUUUCCCUAUGUCACAAAGAUGCAUCAACUUUUAUCAAAGUGUGGCAGUGGUCGACCUCAAAUUGCGGAUAUCUAGAGGUGUGUUCUGAUCCCAGCAGUACCGACACCAUCAAGGACAGCACACAAACACCAAAUCCAUAUCCUUCGAAGAGACCUUUACCAGACAGUCACCAGUCAGACUCGACAUUCGAGUUUAUUCAAGCCACUAUUCAAAAUUGCCAAGCCACCCACAGUGGAUGUCCUCGCAAUGACGAUGUCGUCCUCCCUACUUUUAUCGUAGAUGUUCAAACUGCGCAGGAGCCCUUUCUAGUUCAAAAUGACGGCACACAGAGGGGAUCUUACAUCGCUCUCAGCUAUUGUUGGGGUCCCGCUAGUGUGCAAGAACUUACAUGGCUUACCAAGGCCCGUCUCCCAUCCUAUUUGAAAUGUAUAUCUUUAGCGAGUUUGCCCCAAACGCUACAAGAUGCGGUUUCCGUAACCCAUCGGCUCGGAAUUCAAUACCUCUGGAUCGACUCCAUGUGCAUCCCACAAGACGACGAAGAAAUCAGGCAACAGCAACUACGGGUGAUGGCAGACAUCUACACCCAAUCCUUUGCCACGAUCCAAGCGUCCAUUCCACAUUCGGCUAGCGACGGCUUCCUGGCGCUUUCUAGGAAUCCUUAUGGGGUGCCGGUUCGACUACCAUUUGAAAGAGAUUUGGUCAGUGGCCACACUUCUUUUGCCAUCGUCCGAUUUGUUCCAGUAAGAAAAGGCGACGAGGCAUCAGCUGAUCAACGGGCUUGGAUUUUUCAAGAGACCGUGCUUCCUGUUCGGGUUGUUCGCUACUGUGCUACACUGGUGGUUGUGAGUUGUCGACACGAGAUAUGUACCGAGGACGGAUGUGAGUAUGACAAUUUCAAUAGGUUCAGCUUAAGCCCACGCGCCUACUAUCACAUCCGUCCUGAUCUACGGCCUGACUCGAUUCCGCCUGAAUUCCCCCGGAUACCGUCCACCAAUCAUCAAAAGCAGGCACUCGAGUCGUGGUACCGAAACCUUCAGAUGUUUUAUUCCCCGCGUGUUACUUCAGUGAGCGACGACCGUCUUGUCGCCCUCUCCGCAUAUGCUAGAGAGGCGCAUAGUGUGAUCGGUGGCAACUAUCUGGCCGGAAAUUGGUCGGUAGAUCUGAGAAAGGGCCUCCGAUGGCAGCCCUGGGGCGCUUUGCUACAAAGAGCCGUGACCUAUCGAGCGCCGUCCUGGUCUUGGGCUGCAUACGAUGGUAAUGUAUGCCACCUCUAUUCUAAAACGGACGAUGAUGGACAAGACGGUUGGAUGCCCACCAUCGUCGAUGCUUGGACAAAGACAGACACGUCCCCGUACGGUGCUUGUAGGGCUGGUAAGAUUGUCAUGAAGACGCGCGUAUUCCGGUUCUCAAUCACAGGCGAUCUUUUGAACAACAAGACCUAUGCAGGCCAGUCAACGGCACUCGAGUCCGACGUGGUGCAGUUGCAAGGGAAUAAAGAAAGCGCCAUAUGUUAUGCAUAUUCUGACACGACUGCUGGCAUCCCUAAAGAUAAAGUACUGUGUGGUGCUUUUAUCUCACACAAAUGGGGACUCGUUCUCGCCAAGUCAGACGGCAGCGACACUGCUGAUCACUCAGAAGGACGAGAGGACGAAUUUAUACGAGUUGGGCAUUUUAGAACUAUCAGGGGAGGUAUCCAAAAUUACCAGCAAAAGAAGAUCGUAUUAAUAUAG